UCUGUCCCCAAAACAAAACUUCGUCACUCGCCAACACAGGAAACCGUACCAUCGACCUCGUACUAAAUCCCGUCCCGUCGUCGAUUCGGGGGCCUCACGCCCCUUGUCCCUACCACCUGAGCGGCGUUUGGCACGUUCCAGACUCGCGUCAAAUAUAGCUCAGCAGCAUCCCGACUUAAGACAGUUUGAUAGCGACACUGCGCCAAGCAACAACACAUGCACUCAGUACCCUUCGAUUCCAGACAUCACUCACUCAUUCCUUUUCCACACAAUUUAUUUUUCCUUCAAAAACCACAAUAAUGACAUUUUAUCCCCAAUUUAAGUGUGAUUCGAGCGCAUUGCCUUGGUAACGGAAAAUUCAAUUUAGAAAAAAACAAUUGUUGCUCUUGUCAAAAUAGUUGACACUUGUCAGGGUGGAAACAACCUGUAUUAGUGGUGUUUAGUAAUUCGAUAAAGUAUCGGAUCAUUUUGGGAUUGGAAGAGGUUUUUGGAUUGGAGUUUGGAAAAUAGAGAGAUGCCGCGCGCGUUCUUGCUGACUCACCGAAGGUACAACAUGGGGGGAGCAUCCGAAGAUGGCAGAGAUAAGAAAGGACUUAGUCCAGAACAUUCCGUCUGCACGGCAGAACCCACCAUGGACAUCAAUAUGUCGGACAGCAGUUCUGAUCUUCCCGAUGAGCUGUACAACUUGACCAAGCUGGCCGAAGUGGCUGUAGCUACCGGACAAAUUUUAGAGAAGAGGAACCAACAACUCAUGAGUAUGGGAAGCACUGACGAAUACUCCAAUCAUUCAAGGCUCUCGGAUAUGGACGAGAUAGACAGGGAAAAGCAUCUCAUCACCUACACUCACAAGCUGUUUGACAAAAGUUCUCGGACACCCAGACAUCACUUAUUAAAGACUGAACAAAUCAACCAAACCCUCUUCAACCUUUCCAAAGCCCAACCGGUGGCUCUUCCUCAUAGCAGUACCAGUGAAAUAUCUAAUCUAAGCAGUACCUCUUCAUCGUCAGAGUGUAACGAACAUGAGUGCCAGGAAUGUGGUAAAAGAUAUAGUACAUCUAGUAAUUUGGCACGUCACAAGCAAACCCACCGCAGUCCUGCAGACAAGAAAGCCCGAAGAUGUCCGCACUGUGACAAACUCUAUGUCAGUAUGCCUGCAUUCUCUAUGCACGUCCGCACUCACAACCAGGGAUGCAAAUGUCAGUACUGUGGCAAGUGCUUUUCGAGGCCUUGGUUACUUCAAGGACAUAUCCGCACUCACACAGGUGAAAAGCCAUUUCAAUGCACAAUCUGCGCGAAAGCCUUCGCAGACAAAUCCAAUCUCCGUGCUCACAUCCAGACGCACUCCAACACCAAGCCUCACGUUUGUGGCCGUUGCGGCAAAGCCUUUGCCUUGAAAUCGUACCUGUACAAGCACGAGGAGUCAUCUUGUAUGAGAAUGAACCGAAAUUCUCGAGAUUCUUCUCCAGAUAAAGAAAAGUCAAUAGCUUCACCAACCCCAGUCAUAGUCUCGGCCAACCAUCUGACGGAUUCCGUAAUCCGAUCAGCAGAUGCAAUAAGGACACCCAUGCUGUACAGAUCCACCGUCAUCUCACCAAAUCCAGAAAGAAUCCUGUACAGUACCAUAAAACAUCCCUCGGUCAUCCUGAACGCCUCCGUGUUUGACCACAUGCUGGCCCAAGACCAGCCGGUCGAUUUUUCGAGGAGUUCCUCGGAGAAGAAGAACAGCACGCCGUUCAGCAUCAUGGCCAUCAAAGUUUAAAGUAAUUCUGCGCAAUCUAGAUAUAUUAUAGUGAUAAAUUACUCUUAAUUCCUCCCAGGGACCAUUCUUUCUCAUCUAGUUAUUUAGAAUCUCAAUAAAAAAGUAUUUACUUCGUAGACUGUGAAUUCUUCUUCGUGCCAAGUAUAUUGUAGCGUGUCGUUGUGUAUAUAGGGCUUGAGUUUAUUUUUUGGUUUACCCGUGUUUGAGGGAUUUUUGAGUUUAUGAUAGAAUUUUUGGCAGAACAGAAAAUCGAAAAAGAGGCUAAAACGACGGCAGAAUAGGCAUAGAAAUAUCAUUUCUAAUCGAGUUUUACUAUCCCUAUCAAAGAAGUUAUUAAAAGUUCAUUAUUAGCGGCUGUUCUUUAAUUAUUUGAAAACUUUGUUGAAUAUGAUAUUUUUGACAGAUCUCUAUACAGGGUCCGGCAAUAGUGCGUCAGGCAUCUGUAGCUCCUAUAACAACAAAAUUAGGAAUUUUGUUUAGGUGCAGACCUAAAGUAUGUGUUAGGAUGUAUUUCAAGAAGAUAUUUUAACUGCUACAGGGUGGCUUAAGAAAGUGUGAGAGGAUCGGGAUGAUUUUUCUUAAAUAGAACACCCUGUAUAUUAUUGCAUUGUUGGCUUCCUUUUUGAUCGCCUU